CAUGUCCCCCAUUUGGGAAACGAGAAUGAAAAAGUAAUCACAAAGAUUCCUCAGAUUAAACAAUCGCUUGAUCAGGACAAGGAUUAGUGGGGCGGUGAAGCUGUAGCAAUCGUUCUGAACAGUGCAGAGCCGGCUCUGGAACAAUCAGCACAAGUAAUCACGCUUCUAACAAUACAAUGCAGCCCGCAAUCAAUACCGAUCAAUUGGAUUCGUACGACCUACAUGACGAACCCCACCAGGACCCACGCACCAGGGAUAACAGGAUUAGGUUUCUGAACCAACCUAUUCAACCGAGAUCCUCACCGUUGGGUCAUAAUACUCACUAUCGACGAUUUUCUGGACGACCAAGCGUGAAGGAUACGACGCGAUGGGAUAUUUCGCAACGGAGCUUACUCGAGGGUGGUAUCACGCCAAGCAAUGAUUCUUCUUCGAGCCAUUCGUACGGUCGUUCCCCACAAAAUAGCCAAAAGACACAUUCCUCGAAAGAUGCCCAAGAUCCCUCCAAUCACAGUCAUUCCCCACAUAUCUCCCUUCCAGAUGAUUUAAAAGAUCAAUCUGACAAUGUCCAAAUCUUCUUCGUAAGUUUCGAAGCUGAGUAUAACCUGAUUGGCCAUGGUCAUUAGUUUUCAUAUGCUGUGGGAUGUGUCCCAUUUUGUUAUGCUCAUUUGUGUCUUUACUUGUUCAUUCGCAACGAAAAUACAUUUGCGCUGAAAGUCCAAUAUUUUGACACCUUCGUCCUUCAUCAUAGGGGUCUCCUUCAGUGAAUUAUUCAACACGAAGUAUAGGGACGAUGACGAAAGCGACAUUCAGAGGUUGCUCCAAGGCAUAUGUCUUGUCUGCCAGGGAGUGGUCUUCGCCUUGAAUCUUUGCGUUAUGAUGUUGUCAUCAUCCGCCUUAGUUCGACACUUAACUGGGAACUUUAAUCCUUACGCUACAAAUGGAUACGAGUUGCUCUUUCGCGAAUUUCAUUUUGAGUUUUUAUACGUCCGAUGGUGUUUUGACACGGCCUUGUUUGGUUUCUUGUUGGCAGUUGCGUGUAAAAUUUUACACGACUUUCGGCUCUUUGAUAUCAACGGGGAUGACUUUGAACGUUGGCAUUUAGAACUAGGGAUAGCAGUCGUCCUUAUCACAACGGCCCUCACUCUCCAUUUGUUGGCGUACCAAAAUUCCACGCUGAUAGGCUGGGAUAACAUGGCGGGUAUGACAAGAGAUUUAAUGAAAGUGCUAUUCCAUCGUGGGUUCUAUAGCGGUAACCUAACGGAAGGAUUUUCCUUGGUUAUUUUUGCAGCUGGUGUUUUCUUUUUGAUUUUGGGAUUAAUACCUGGAUCGCAAAUAUGAGAAAAAGCGCUUUCGAAUAAUUCUCAAAUUCAUGCUAUGAAAAGGAUGAGUGUGCCUCAACAAAUACAGAGAGAAUAAUCAAUUUGAUAGCUUUGUUACGUGAGUUUUCUAAUUCAAUUAUACUGUAUCAUUCAUGACGUAAAGCAACGUGCACAUUUAAAAUGCACCACAAAGAAAUAAUGUUAUUAUAAAAUU